AUGAAAAUUUUCUUUGACAAUACCACAUCCCACGAUUAUUCCAAAAUUUCACCAAUUGCACCAAAAAAACAUGAUAAGAGUGGGAUUCGAACCCACGCCUCUUGCGAGACCAGGAAACUAUUGCUAGUUGUGGAGUCAAGGUAUACCUUAACCUGGCGCCUUAGACCAACUCGGCCAUCUUACCAGUGA